GUGGUCGUCGCCACUCUCCGAACUUCAUCAUGCCGCCCAAGGAUGACAAGAAGAAGAAAGAUGCCGGAAAGUCGGCCAAAAAAGACAAAGACCCAGUAAAUAAGUCCGGUGGCAAGGCCAAAAAGAAGAAGUGGUCCAAAGGCAAAGUUCUGGACAAGGCUACAUACGACAAACUCUGUAAGGAAGUUCAGAUUCGUGGUUCCUUGGCCAGGGCAGCUCUUCAGGAGCUCCUUAGUAAAGGGCUUAUCAAGCUGGUUUCAAAGCACAGAGCCCAAGUAAUUUACACCAGAAACACAAAGGGUGGAGAUGCCCCAGCUGCUGGUGAAGAUGCAUGAACAGGUUCAAUCAGCUGUACAUUUGGAAAAAUAAAACUUUAUUAAA